AUGAAAAUCUCAUCUUUGCUACUCGCAUCGAGUGUACAUUAUGGCUUGUUAUCAGCAAGUCCCAUCUUGGAGAAGUUCCUCUCUCCAGGGAUAGGUACUAAGGGGGCUGUCGUGUCGGAGGCUCAAGAAUGCAGCUACAUAGGCCGGGACCUGUUAGCACGAGGUGGAAAUGCUGUUGAUGCCAUGAUUGGAACGACAUUCUGUGUCGGAGUGAUUGGCAUGUAUCACUCUGGCAUUGGCGGAGGUGGUUUCAUGCUUGUUCGAGAUAAGGAUGGCAAUUAUGAAGCAAUCGACUUUAGGGAAUCGGCACCUUCAGCAGCCUAUGAAGAUAUGUACCGAGGGAAUGUCAAUGGCAGUAUCUAUGGAGGCCUAUCUGUCGGUGUGCCUGGCGAAGUCCGCGGCUUCGAGUAUGCGCACAAGAAAUACGGUAGCCUCCCCUGGGAAACCAUCUUGCAAGGGGCUAUCAAGGUCGCUCGUGAUGGCUUCAUAGUCAAUGCCGAUAUGGCCAGAUUUAUUGACAAGACAGCCAAAGGGCAUCAUAACUUGUUCAUCGAAGAUCCUUCAUGGGCGGAGGACUUUGCCCCGAAUGGACGACUUAUUGCAGAAGGUGAGAAGAUGACAAGAAAGCGAUAUGCGCGCACUCUUCAAGCUAUCGCAGAUCAUGGCGCCGAUGUCUUCUACACUGGUCCUUUGGCGGAAAGCAUGAUCAAGACUAUCCAAGAUUCGAAUGGCACCAUGACAUUGGACGAUAUGAAGGACUACCAAGUUAUCUCCCGCGAGGUCCUUCACACCGACUACAAAGGCUAUUAUGUCUACGGCAUGAGUUCUCCAGCGGGUGGCGCAGUUUCGCUCAACAUUCUAAACACCAUGAACGGCUACUCGCACCAGGAUGCAGAUCAGAACACCACACUGCACAUCUAUAUCGAAGCAAUGAAGUUUGCUUAUGGCGCUAGACUGCGCCUCGGCGAUCCUGAUUUCGUCGAUGGGGUCUCGGGGCUCGAGCACGAGAUGCUCAACCACACGACUGCCGACAAGAUUCGAGAAAAGAUUGAUCCUUGGACGACUCAAGAUAUUGAGAAGUAUGAUCCCGAUGGGAUUUACUCAUCAGACGGUCACGGUACUUCACAUGUCGUUACUGCAGAUCGUGAUGGCAUGGCUGUUUCUUUGACCACUACUGUAAACCUGAUCUUUGGAUCUCUCCUCAUGGACAACCUCACUGGAGUGAUUUUAAACAAUGAGAUGAACGACUUUUCCAUUCCAGGUGUUCCAAACGAAUUUGGUUUCGCUCCAGCAGAAGCCAACUUUAUCCGUCCUAACAAACGUCCUCUUUCGUCGUGUACACCCCUCAUCGUUUCCCACAAAGACGGCUCCUUGUUUGCAGUAAUUGGCGCCGCAGGAGGGUCGCGUAUCAUUUCUGCUACUACCCAAGUUGCCUGGCGUGUCCUGACUUCGCCGUCUUGGUCUAUCAAAGAUGCUGUCCGUGAGCCGCGUGUUCACAAUCAGCUCAUGCCUAAUACUUUGCUUGUGGAAAACAAGUUCAGUUUAUAUGACGUUCCGUCACUGAAGGAGAGGGGCCAUAAUAUCACCUGGGUCGACGAGGGGUUAAGUUCGGUGCAGGCUCUGAUCAGAGACUUGGAUGGCGUUUUUGAGAUUGCCCCUGAGCCCAGGCAGAAGAACAGCGGAGGUGCAACGCUUUAA